UGCUGGUGGCGUCAGGAACAGAUCGAGUUGCCGUGUAAAGCUUCUUGAUUCUCGUAGUUGCAAAGCCCCCAGUGUACAAGUAACCUUUAUACUGCUUUGGUGUUUCCCUCCCAGCAAUGCGAAGCUCCAGUUACCAGUGUACCAAUUACCCAGUUAUCUUUCUACUGUUUUGUCGUUUCCCUCUCGGCAAUCCAAGGCUCCGGUGUACCAAUUACCCAGUUACCUUUCUACUGCUUUGAUGUGUUCCCGUUAUACAGUACAAUCCUGCGCCACGGUCCUCGUUGCUGUGAUCGUUUAUUUGACCAUUGUAGUGCGCACCUUUCCUCACAGCACGGAAGCGAGUACCCGUGAAUUACAAUUAUGAAUUAUUAUGUAAAGGUUUAGGUUCCCGAGAGAGAAACUGUGUAGUGGGAAGCCCUGGUACGAGAGAGAGAGAGAGAGAGUACUAUCGUUUUAUCUUACACUUCCGCCUGCACUAAUCCGCCCCGUUAACAGUGUCCGGAAAAUAUGAUGUGUGUUAUUGGUGAGGCGGAGUGCCCUGGCGUUCUUUUUACAUGUAUUUUCCCUGGUCUUUGUUAUUACUUCCCCGAUUUUGAAUGUCAAUACAAAUAAUAUAGGAACUCCAUGCACCUGUGUGUAUAUGUUUAUUUUUCCACCGGGGGAGGGAAUUCUCUUGUUUCAGAUAAAAGUGUUACUGCCUGCCUGUCUGUUAUUGUUGUUAUUGUGAAGGUAAAUGCCCUGCCCGGUAUAGCAGAUGGCCCAGCUGGGUUGUAACUUUCCUCCUCCGUGGAUGGCAUUGUCCGUGGACCCGAUUUUCUGAGUAAAGUUUAAACACAGCGCCGGGGCAAACAUGCACUGUGCAGCGGAGUGCCGAGUUGUGGAGGACUGAGUGUUGGAAUGUGUUUUCGUUCUCAUCAUAAUAUUUGCAAGAGGUUUAGUUGUAAGCUGUAAAUCUUUCAUCCACGUGUAUAUUUAUAAAUUUCUACUGUUUUAACUUUCCUCCACCAGACUUCUUUUAUAGUUUCCUUUCGUUUCUUUUUUCCAGAGGGUUUGAGUUGGCGAGCACCGAGAGCAGCGCGAGGCAGCGAGGCGGCGAGGCCCCAGCUGCCGUGAGGGGACUUGCUUGACGGAGAGGAGCGGCUAGCCUCCCCCACUCCAGCCCUCCCCACGCCCCCGUCACGCCUCCGGGACUUUGCUGAGGCGGGAGUUCCGAGACGCUCAAUGGGGAAUAAGAAAAAUAUGUUAUUUAGAGCAACGGGGAAGAAAGAAAAGCUUUCCAUUACCACGAGUGACUGACCGUCUGCAAAACACGGCUGGCGGGGACAAAAAGGAAUUGUGAGGUUCAGCAACAGUUGGUUUUAUUGACUCGGCAUAACAAUGAGCUUCUCUUAUAUACGUGAACAAUGAACUUUAAGGAAAUACAAAAUAUCUCUUUCUCACUUUAAGACGAGGAGGGAAGGACAACAGUUGCAGUCACAGACACACGUAGCGUUUUUUGAGUGUGUGCGUGUGGGUGUGGGCGUGGGCGGCCUGACCCUUGCUGCAGUCCGUGUAAACAAGUCGGUGGAUUGUAGUAUAACAAUGACAGAAGCCACAGGAAAUGGAAAGCACCACUCUCACCAGGUCCACACCGCCUGACUUCACUUGAAUUCGUGGCUCAAAUUUUUUACUUGUUUUUAGAACGCGAACAGUCAUGAAGGGCGAGCGAGGCGCCUCAGUAAGACACUCCCCCGGUGCAAAGGGUUACGCCGUUGGUGUCACACCGACCUACUCUCCCCAGGGGCUCGUAAAGCCUUCUCUCGCCAGGCCGUGCGAGCGGAGAGCCUCCCGGGGUGGUGGUUCCCUCACCCCCAUGUCCAGGUCGUUGCAUUACCACUGGGGAACGAGCCCGGAGCAGCCCACCUCGCAGGGGACGCACCACAAGCAGACGUGCUUCAGCUGGCUGCAGGUCUUCGUGACGCUGCUCACUGUGCUGCCCAGCAUGGCUAAAGGUCCCCAGGGCACCUCGCACAACACCCUGGGAGGCUACGGCAGCAGUCUGUUGGGCAAAAAUGGCAUCUUUCUGCAGGCGAACCACAGCGACAUCACUGCCCAGGCGGGAGCCACGGCCACCCUCCCCUGCCGCCUCAGCUCCCCACUCGGCGACGGCAUGGUGUCGUGGGUGCGGCGGCGGGACUAUCACCUGCUGACGGUGGGGCGCCAGGUGUACUCGUCCGACGCGCGGGUGGGGGUCAAGGUAUCCAUGGACGGGUCUGACUGGAUGCUGACUGUGCGCUACGUGGCUCCGCAUGACGCAGGCCUUUACGAGUGUCAGGUGUCCUCCCACCCGCCCCAGCUGCUCAUGGUCAACCUACAUGUCGUCGAGGCCCACGCGGAGAUCAUGGGCACGCCGGAGCGGUACAUCCACCACGGGUCGUCCCUGAAGCUGGUGUGCCUCCUGAAGGGAGCCACCGAGCCGCCAGUGUACGUGUUCUGGUACCGCGGCGAGAGGAUGAUCAACUAUGACAAGGAGCGCGGGGUGACCGUGGACAACACCCGCAAGGCGUCAAAGUUGUACGUGGCGUCAGUGUCGCGGCGAGACGAAGGCAACUACACUUGCGUGCCCUCCAAUGCUGCCGCCGCCUCCGUGGUGGUCACCGUCAUCCAGAAGGAAAACCCCGCCGGCCUUCAGCAAGAGACCAACACAGAAAAGGAAGCGGCACCUGCCUCUUCCUCCUCUUCUUCCUCCUCUUCCUCCUCCUCCUCCUCCUCCUCACCGUCAUCCUCCAAAGGCAAGAGUGGGGUGUCACUAGGGCGAGCUGCCUCCCUCGGGCUUCUCUGCCUCCCCGCGCUGCUCCCCCUGUUUACUCGACACUUCUUCAGAUGAUAUGCUAAUCCCGCGACGGUCAGCCUCCACUGAAGGCUGUGUCCUGUUUAUACUUGCUGUUAAACCCCAAGCGUAGCUGGAGACUCCCGCCGCGCCCUCAAGCCUCUGGGACGCGACCUCACCUCACAUAUCGACAUCCCCAUCCUCCUCAACCGCAGUAUAUAUAUAUAUAUAUAUAUAUAUAUAUAUAUAUAUAUAUAUAUAUAUAUAUAUAUAUAUAUAUAUAUAUAUAUAUAUAUAUAUAUAUAUGCACAAAUGUAUCAGGUAUAUGGCAAUGUUAAUUGGCGAACAUUUUAAUACUAAUUUUACUGAGUAAUAUUAUUCAGUUUGAUUUUAUUUAGUAAUGUAGUGUGGAUUCUUUUCUUAGAAAACGUAGAGUAAAAUCAAUCCCAGUACGUGGACGCCAAGCCAAGGCUUCAGUACCGCCUGACCGCAUCAAUAAACCAUGACGAGGGAGAACCGCGGCGCGCCAGGCACCGCCCCUUAGGCACUCAGCGCUGCUGGGACGCGUGUGUGAUGGCACGCUCAGGCAUCCUGUGAAUGUAUGAUUUUUGAAGGUGAUAAGGGUGAAAUAGGUGUGUGUGUGUGUGUGUGUGUGUGUGUGUGUGUGUGUGUGUGUGUGUGUGUGUGUGUGUGUGUGUGUGUGUGUGUGUGUGUGUGUGUGUGAAAGUAGCGUUGGAGGUGUUAAGAAGUUCAGAAAUGGUCUUCACAGGUUAGGAGACCGAAUGCCUGAGACGACUGAUCAAUUCACUGAAAUUAGUGGUUCAUCAAAUGGCAGCUAUUGAGGAAUUUUAUCAGGAUCUCACCAGCCGUUCAUGGCGCGUGACUGGCACUGUGCUGGGUGGCGGGAUUGUGGUUAUGUUAGCAUUCUUGAUUGUACAUGUAUGUAGUUAUUCACACACACACACAUACACACACACGCACACACACACACACACACACACACACACACACACACACACACACACACACACACACACACACACACACACACACACACACACACACACACACACACACACACACACACACACACACACACACACA